ACUUAAAAAGUUAACUUUCGUAAAAAUGUCUAAAGUUUUGACUUUUUAAAACUGAUGGUUGUGAGAUAGAUAAAAGAGAAAGACUUUGAAUAUUGAAGAAGAAAUCAGUUUGACAUUUCCCACAUAUUUGAAAGCUCUCACUUUUACGGCUUCUGCGAUAUUUCAGCUCAUCUAGAUUCGCGGAAUCUGAUUUCUUUUGUUUUCCCCGGAGUUUCUCCCUAGAAUUGAUUUCAAUUAUUUUGGUCGGAAUUGUUGUUCGAAUUCGAAUGGGAACACCGGAAUUUCCAGAUCUGGGGAAACACUGCUCCGUCGAUGUUUGCAAGCAAAUCGAUUUCUUGCCUUUCACCUGCGACCGUUGCCUCCAGGUGUUUUGUUUGGAUCAUCGAAGCUAUAUGAAACAUAGUUGUCCAAAAGGCGACAGAGAAGAUGUAACCGUGGUUAUCUGCCCGCUCUGUGCGAAAGGAGUCCGGUUAAACCCAAACGAAGACCCAAAUAUAACAUGGGAGAAACAUGUCAACACUGAUUGUGACCCAUCAAACUAUGAAAAAGCCACCAAGAAGAAGAAAUGUCCGGUUCCAAGAUGCAAGGAGCAACUAACAUUCUCCAACACCAUCAAGUGCCGAGAUUGCAAUAUUGAUCACUGCUUAAAACACCGUUUUGGACCUGAUCACACUUGCCCUGGACCAAGAAAACUCCCAUUCAUGGGUUUCUUGAGUAGUAGUAGUAGUAGCAGCAGAAAAGAAGCUAAGACAACAAGACCCACCAAAGCUCAUGCAUCAACUUCAUCAUCUUCUUCUUCUUCGAGAUGGUCCAAUCUUCUAUCUUCAGCAGAAGCAGGGAUUAGCAGACUCGGUAACGACAUUAGCCAGAAGCUACAGUUUUUGAGCAGCAGCAGUGAUGGUAUCGUGGAGGUGUGUCCACAGUGCGGUGCGAAAUUCUCUUCGGUUACUACUCUUGUGGAACAUGUAGAGAAAACACAUGAGAGGAACAGGAAGCAGAAUCAUGGCAAUGUCACAGUCGAUGUCUGCCCUAAAUGUAGCAGAGGAUUCCGCGAUCCAGUAGAUCUUGUGAAUCAUAUCGAAAGAGAUCACCGAGGUACUUCUAAAGCAUAGGAACAUAGGCGUUCACAAGCCACACAGCACAACAUUUCUUGUGACAGUACUCAAACAUCUUUGUAUGUUUUUCAUUUUACUGGUUUUAAACAAGCAGAAAAAUCACAUUCUUUGAAAAUUCAUGGACUCAUGUCCAGAAAUGUAGACUAAUGUUAUCAUAUCCUUGGGCCUAGGCCUUUGGGCUUUUGUUGGGUGGUAUGGUUUUUUCAAUGAACAAAUUAUAAGAAAUUCAA